AUGGCUUCUUGGCAUGAUGGUGAUCACGCACCAGAACUUCUCGUUUAUAAAAUGGAACUUAUAUUCUUUCUCCUUAUAAUUCCUUCUGCACAUCAACUAUCGUUUAACUUCCCUCGGUUUAAGCAAGGCGAUGUGAAGCUAGAUGGUGAUGCUUCUCUCUUACGUUCAGAAAUCUACGUGACUGUAAGUGCAUGGGACCAGAAAUCAAAUUACAGUGUAGGGCGCGUCACGAGUUUCCAACAAAUGCAUCUCUGGGAUAAGAACUCAAGAAAUCUCACUGAUUUCUCCACCAACUUUUCAUUCAUCAUACACUCGCAAACCAAUCUGUUUGGAGAUGGGUUAACAAUCUUUUUUGCAGACCCAAAUCUUCCACUCGUGAAGAAAGUUAAGAAAGGAGGAGGCCUUGGACUUGUUGAUGGCGACCAAGUUUUGCACUCAAAACAUCCAUUUGUGGCUGUGGAGUUUGACACGUACAAAAACUCAUGGGACCCUGUCGAUCGUCCACAUGUGGGUUUGAAUGUCAAUUCAAUGAAUUCAAGUGUGUUGAAUCGAUGGUCAGAUAGCAUUGGAAAUAGAGAUACUUACAGAUGCAGUAUUCAGUACAAUUCAAGUACUCAUAACUUUAGCAUCUCUUACACCAGGUAUGAUUCUAAUUAUGAGCAAGUUAGAUGGCGUCAUCUUUCGUAUGAAGUUGAUUUGAGAGAGUACUUACCAGAGUGGGUUAUCGUUGGCUUCUCAGCUGCAACAGGUGAUUUGUUUGAAGUACAUACCCUACAAUCAUGGUCUUUUAGUUCAAGUUUAUUAGAAAGCCAGGCAUCAUCACCUGCCUCUUCCCCAACCUCCAACAAUAAUCACGUAUCACCUGCCUCAUCCCCAACCUCCAACAAUAAUCACAUAUCACCUACCUCAUCCCCAACCUCCAACGAUGAUCAUGUUGUGCUUUUUGUGGGUAUAGCCAUUGGUGUCACUAUCAUUGUUGGGUUCAUAGGGUUAGUUCUCAUGUUGUUCUGGAGGAGGAAGAAAAUGGGAGGUAAAGAAGUGUCAGAUUCUGAUCUAAACAUGGAUGAUGAAUUCCAAAAGGGUAGCGGACCAAAGAAGUUUAUCCAUGAUGACUUGGUGACUGCGACAAAUAACUUUUCUGAGUCGGAGAAGCUUGGGCAUGGAGGAUUUGGAAGUGUCUAUAAAGGUUUCUUGAAAGAGCAAAACUCCUAUGUUGCUAUAAAGAGGAUAUCAAAGGAGUCCAAGCAAGGGAAAAAGGAAUAUGCAACCGAAGUGACGAUCAUUAGCCAAUUGAGGCACAAGAAUUUGGUACAACUCAUUGGUUGGUGCCACAAGAAGAAAGAUCUUCUCCUUAUAUAUGAGUACAUGCCAAAUGGUAGCUUAGACUCUCAUCUAUACUGUGGAAAAAGCUUCUUAACAUGGCAGGUUAGGUAUAACAUCGCUCUGGACUUAGCUUCAGCAUUGCUGUACCUGCAUGAAGGAAGAGAACAAUGUGUGCUUCACAGGGAUAUCAAAUCAAGCAACAUCAUGCUAGACUCAAACUUCAAUGCGAAGAUAGGUGAUUUUGGCUUAGCCAGGAUGGUAGAUCAUGAUAAAGGAUCAGAAAUAACACUUAUGGCAGGAACCAUGGGCUACAUAGCUCCUGAAUGUCUCACUACAGGAAAGGCAAGUAAGGAAUCUGAUAUGUACAGCUUUGGGGUUGUUCUUUUGGAGAUAGCCAGUGGGAAGAAACCCAUUGGCCUUAUUUUAAAUGAAAGUCAAAAAAGUAUCAUUGAGUGGGUUUGGGAGCUAUAUGGAUCAGGAAGGUUACUUGAUGUUGCGGAUCCAAAGCUAAGUGCAGUGUUUGAUGAGCAGCAAAUGGAACGUUUGGUGGUUGUUGGGAUCUGGUGUGCGCAUCCUGAUCACUCAUCAAGACCCUCUAUCACUCAAGUGAUUCAAGUUCUUAAAUUCAAAGCUCCUUUACCAUUUCUGCCACAGAAGAUGCCUGUGCCAACUUUCCUUCCUUCCACAGUAAAUUCAAUGUUUUCUUUAGCUUCAUCUUCAACUGUCCUGUGCGAAUGUUAG